UUGUUCAUGUCUUGGUCUUUAGUAAACUUCACAUUUCUUCAACUCAUCUUUGUUGAUUAUCUACAUUUACUCUUACAUUCGUGUUGAAUUUUGAAAUGUUCAAAAAAUCGAAAUCAAUUGAUUCUAAGCAAAUCAACGAGAAAAUAAAGAAACAUUUUCUUGUUUCAAUGCCGGAAGAUUUUUUCAAGUUUUGGGCUUUCUGUUCAUCAUUAAAUCCUCUCAAUCCAACAGGUUCAUUGGAUGAACUUGAUCUUCUUCUAGUUGGACCUUUCGAUUUAAUUAAUGGAAAAUUGAACGAUCAAACUCUGGAUCAAACGGAUCCAAAUAUGAUUUUAUGUUACUAUCGUUUCUUUUAUGAUGUCCCGGAGCUUCAAACUGUCCUUCGUGACCCAAAGUCCAAUUUUCACAUUGGGUAUUUCAGAGACUCGCCCUCUGAAAUACCUUCCAUGGUGGUUUCAAAUGAUCCAGAUAAAUCAUGUCUUAUCAAUCCACUUGGUGACAACCUUUUUUCAGGCCUAUUGGCUCAUUGUGAGGAUUUGGCCAAAAGUAGAAAAUUAGGAGGUAAAAAGAAGAUCGCUUCCGAAAAAAUGAUUGAAAAAAUUAAAAAUUAUGCUGAAAAAAACAACAUUUUUCUAACAAACGAUGAGAUCAAACAAAGGAAGAAAAAAAUUGUCACCAAAACUUUCCAUGGCGCUGGAAUUGUUGUCCCAUUUCAAAAAGGUGUCGGCUACCGACCUUUACCUGAAUCUGAUCAAAAUCUCAAAAAAUUACUGUUGAAGCUGGUUAAUAUUCCAGAAGAGGAUCGACAGAGGAGCAAAGCUCACGAAUCACUGAGAGAAAUUGUCAAUUUAACUAAUUUAGCGAAUGACGAAUGUGACUUUGGAAUGACUUUGGAGUUAGGAAUUGAUCUUUUCUGUUUUGGCCACGAGUUUUUUAACAGAUUGACAAUCUUCUUGCUCGAUACUUCUUAUGAGCUUUUGAAUAGGAAAGAGUUUGGGACAAUAAUCGAAGCUCAUAUUGCAAAUCGAAAAAAUGAGAAAUUGAUGAAAUUCAAAAUAUGA